UAGACAUAGCAACGGGGAAUUCUGGCAGGUGUCUGGCUAGCAUUAGUUCUGAAUUUGUUGUGGUUUUGAUCACUAAAAUGGCUGUGACUUCUGGACUCUCUUUGAGUGUUUCUUGGAUUUGUUGCCUGCUAAUUGGAGGGAUAACGUGUUUUACCAUUCAAGGUAAUGYUUAUGGGAAUCUUGCCUCAACUGGACCUGAAGCCCAUGCCCAAGCAAGUGUGGUGUCUGUUCCAAAUGCUAAAGCUACUGGCCACAAUAGCCCGGCAAAUGUGACCUCGGGUAGAAAUGCCACAUCUGGAAGCAACUGCCAACCGCGCCUCAGCAGAAGCCACCGGCCCCCGCGCCUCAGCAGAAGCGACCGCCCCUGCGCCUCAGCAGAAGCGACCGGGCCCCGCGCCUCAGCAGAAGCGACCGGCCCCGCGCCUCAGCAGAAGCGACCGGCCCCCGCGCCUCAGCAGAAGCGACCGGCCCCGCGCCUCAGCAGAAGCGACCGGCCCCCGCGCCUCAGCAGAACGACCGGCCCCGCGCCUCAGCAGAAGCGACCGGCCCCGCCUCAGCAGAAGCGACAGGCCCCCGCGCCUCAGCAGAAGCGACAAGCCUUGAACAGACGGCCCGACCCCUCAACAAGCUAG